AUUGCUUUGUUUUUGAAGAUAAUAAUUUAGUUUAAUAUAGAAAGAAGUAGAAAAAUGUAGAGAGACAAAGCUGGUAAGAAUGUUAUAGGCAGCGCUAGUAUCAAUCUUCAAAACGUCAUGGAUCUAGUGUAUAUGCUAUAUAUAAAAUGAUGACGUUCUACAUCGACCGAGUGCCUAAUGAUGACGUAUAAUACCUUUGUUUACAAUGUCGUCCGAGUGGUUUGUCGUCCGAGUGGGGCAUGCACUCAGGAGAACUUCAGCUACUCUUCUUAUAAAUGCUGGAGGGACCAUGACUCAGCUGAAAAGACAUGGUGGGUGGAAGAGCAGCACAGUAGCCGAAGGCUACAUUGAGGAAUCGAUGGGUGAUAAAAUAGCAACAGCACAUGCUAUUUUAAACCAGAAUAGUAACCGGAAUAUUAAUUUGGAUCAUACUGCAAAUAGACCUAUGCCAGUAUUAUCCAGCAACGAAGAACUUCCUUCGCCAACAGUGGUGGCAAGGCAGCCACAAUCCAGUUCAGCCGCAAUGUCAUCAGCACCAAACACAAUUUUUUAAAAUUGCCACCAAUGUACAAUUAAUGUCAACAACUAUUACAGUAGCAAUUAGGAUAGAAUUAAGUUUUAGUGUGAAAGUGAAAAACAGUGUAAAAGUGGAAAACAGUGUGAAAGUGAAAAACAGUGUCUAAAUGUGAAAAACAGAGUGAAAUUAAAAACAAUGUGCUUGGAAGUGUGCGUUUUGAUUUCGGAAAAAUCUCGUUCUUUUUAGCAUUGUUUUUUUUUCAAAUAAUAUUGUGAAUCUAUAGACUGCACACCCUUUCACCACUGGACCAUUCUUUUCUAAUGUCAAGCAUAUAUAAAUUGGA